CAGGAGAAGCCUGAUUCUGGCUAUUACUUUCAUGACGACAACCUAAUCAUACUUCUAGGUAACCUGUUUGCCGCUGGGACGGAGACAACUUCCACCACUCUGAGAUGGGGACUUCUGCUAAUGAUGAAAUACCCUGAAAUCCAGAGGACAGUCCAGAAGGAAAUUGAUGAUGUGAUUGGUUCCUCAAGACCACAAAGUUCUCACAGGAAAGAAAUGCCCUAUACAGACGCUGUCAUUCAUGAGAUACAAAGAUUUGCCAAUAUUGUACCAAACAACCUUCCCCAUGAGACAACUACAGAUGUCACAUUCUGGGGAUACACUAUACCAAAGGGAACUUACAUUAUUCCAUCGCUGACAACUGUUUUACGAGAUAAGACUUACUUUGUGAAACCAGAAGAAUUUUACCCUCAGCAUUUUUUGAAUGCCAACGGACAGUUCUUACGAAAUGAAGCUUUUAUGCCUUUCUCAGCAGGUAAGAGAAGCUGUGCUGGGGAGAACUUGGCUAAAAUGGAACUGUUCCUCUUCUUUACAAUAUUGCUGCAAAAUUUCACCUUCCAGGCUCCUCCUGGGGCUGUUCUGGACCUCACUCCUGCAAUAGGAAUUACCACGCCUCCUCAGAUUCACAUGAUCUGUGCUGUACCCCGAACCUAG